GGUCGCGAUAAGGGCCGUCUAGUAUAUACUAACCAUGGGGUUUAUGACUUGCUCGCCUCGAGAAGUAGACGAAGACAGUGGAAAUGCGAACGAAUUGACUUCCAUUGCUCCUUAUUCUUGACAUGGCAUUCUUAUUAUAUGCAGUUGUACUGAUGGUAUCAGUUCUUUUGGCGACCUAUGCCCGUUCACGUCUAGAAUUGUGGCCUCGACUCCGCGACAAGGUUCAACUUCGUCCAGGAACCUCCUCAAAGUCAAAGGAUGGGGCCGGAAAGCCGGAUGACAAUCAUGAAACCAACAGGUCAUCCCAGUCAGCAUGGACAAUCGAGCCUCUCUCGGAUUUUGACUGGAACGCGACGGCACCACUGAAGCUGAGACCUUUCAAACCGACAUACAACAUCACGAUGGCGAUCCAAAGCAGCACCCCCUCCGAGCUCGUCCUCAUGGACAGCAACUACCUCUCCCGCGUCACGGCACGCCGCCGGCUCCUAGCAGAGCACGCCUCUGCCGUCCACGGCGCCAUCCCCGCGGGCCACGCACCCAUCCGAGAACUCUACUCAUACCUCCUCGGCACCUACCUGCCCACCCGCUAUCCGACCAUGUUUGAGCUGAUCCGGAACCCCGAUUCCCAGACGACGGCAACAGAAACAAAUUACUACUUCCGCAACAAAGUCACAGGCAUCGACUCCCCCCUGCACCCUGCGCCCUCCGACCCGCUCGAGAUGCUGCGUAUUCUGGGCGAGACGGUGGAAGACGACAUGUUUCUGCUCCUGCGCGAUCCCGCCGGGGAUGGAAACGGGAACGGGAACAGGAACAGGAACGGGAACGGCGGGGAGCACAGGGCCGUCGCGUUCGUCUGCUGCCAUCCGUCCGGGUUUGCGCCGGCCGGAAAGCUGGGCAAGAGGCUGGCCGAGAUCCAUGUCCCCGUGCCGGCGUACGAGAAGAUCGGGGCGAGCAUGGAGAGGUACUUCGCGCGCUUGGAGGCGGGGAGGGCGGUGAAGAGGAUGAAUUGGUCGAUACAAACACAUCCGAAUCUGUAUGCGCCGAGCGGGAACCAUGUUCAUGUUGGUGAUGAGGUCGAGGAAGCGAAGACGGCCGAUGUUGAGGAGUCGAGGUUCAGGGUUGAACUGCAGACGUUGACGCGGCUGCCCGACACACAAGCAAUUCUGUUCAGCUUCAAGACGUAUCUGUAUUCGCUCGAGGACAUCAAAGCGGAAGGGCUCGGGCCACAUCUUGCCGAGGCAAUCGAUGGAUUGAAGGCUGGAAACGCCCCGGGUAUGUGGGUAUAUAAAGGAGGUGUGAGAUGGGGUAGGGCUAUGUGUGAGUAUCUGCGGGCGUAGACUUAGCGAAGUUCAAGGGUGAUAUGCUGCUGAAUCUAUAUAGAUCUGAAUUUCGAGUUCGAAUACAAUCCAUUAUCCAUCUCCCAUGGGCCGUAGCUUCUCGUGCCAGCUCGAACCCCCGGAUGAGCGCCGAGAGUUAAAGAUUGGCCGCGCGUCCCUUGGGUUAUUUA